AUAAAUAAGGAAAUGACACACAGGAAGUUAACUUUUUUCGGCUUCUUCUUCUUCUGCCACAACACAUCUGUAAAGAAGACAGAAAAAUGGCGGACCUCAGGAAAAUCAGUUCUGGGUCUCUGCCCUAUGUAAACGUUUCCCGAAAAGUGUCAGUUCAAGGGAAGGUUUUUAUCCUACUAUGUAUAAUAUUGGCCGAACCCGGAGGAGCUACCACCCACUGGGUCGUCACUGAAGAUGGAAAAAUUCAACAGCAAGUUGACUCUCCUUUGAAUCUUAAACAUCCACAUGACCUUGUCAUCUUCAUGCGACAGGAGACCCGUGUCAACUACCUGAAGAAGUUAGAGAAGCAGCUUGUCGCUCAGAAGAUUCACAUUGAGGAGAAUGAGGACAGGGACACUGGCUUGGAGCAGAGGCACUAUAAAGAGGAUGCCGACUGUGUCACGGCUAAAGUACCCCUGGGAGACUUGGAUCUCUACGAUGGUACCUACAUCUCCCUGGAGAGUAAAGACAUCAGCCCUGAGGAUUACGUAGAUUUUAGGUCCCCUCUACCCCCGGAUCUGGAGAAGCCUGACUGUGCCAGAGUAUUUGAGCUCCCAUAUAGUAUCCACAGUUUCCAGCAUCUCCGGGGCGUGCAGGAACAGGUGAACCUCACAUCUCCUCUGCUCUCUAAAGAGGACCCCAUUUUUGGCUCCCUGUCCCACAAACUGGGCCGCAACAUGGACGAGGUGGGCCAUCGCAUCCAGCAGGGCCUGCUGAGGAACUCCUCAUCCUGGGUGCUGUAUAACCUGGCGUCGUUCUACUGGAGGAUAAAGAAUGAGCCCGGGCGGGCGGUGGACUGUGUGGUCCGGGCCCUGCACUUCUCACCCAGGCAGCACAAGGACCUGGCCCUGGUGAACAUGGCCAACAUCCUGCACCGGGCCCACUUCUCUGCUGACGCUGCCAUCGUGGUUCACGCUGCCCUGGAUUUGACCUCUGACCUUCUCACCAGCCACUACACCCUGGGCAACAUCUACGCAAUGCUGGGGGAGUAUAACCACUCAGUGCUGUGCUAUGAGCAGGCUCUCCAGGCCCAGCCGGGCUUUGAGCAGGCCCUGAGGAGGAAGCACGCUGUCCUCUGUCAGCAGAAACUGGAGCAGCGCCUGGAGGCCCAACACAGGUCUCUGCAGCGCACGCUGAACGAGCUGAAGGAAUACCAGAAACAGCAUGACCACUACCUGCGUCAGCAGGAGGCCCUGGACAAAUACAAGCUGCUGCAGGAAGAGCAGAUCCUCCACAACAUCAUCCACGAGACCCAGAUGGCCAAGGAGGCACAGCUGGGCAACCACCAGAUGUGUCGUCUGGGCCAGCAACAGAGCAGCCUCUUCUGCCCCUUGGACCUGCCGGUGCGUUAUCACCGUGGAGACCUGUUUGAGCACGUCCACCACAUCCAGUUUGGAGAGGAGGUCUCUGUGGCGGGCAGCGUUGCUCUGGUGUCGGAGCCGAGCACCAACCACACCACCAGCUCACACCUCCACCCCUCUGUGUCCGGAGACCCUGAGCCUGCAGCCCUCUGGGGCCACCAGGCCUCCCCCACCGAAGACAUUCAGAGGCUGCUGUGGCCUCAGAGGGCAGACUGUGCUGAUGAGUUUCCUGUCAUCCCCCCCGCCCACCUACUACCCACCUUCUACCUCCCACCUGAGACACAGGGCCCCAGCCUCCAGACUGUGCUGUACGGUACCGGACCCCCUCCCUCCUCCCUGGCUUCCCCAGACUGUGGCCCUGUGCUCCAGCCCCCUCCAGCUGACCUGCCUGCCUCUGUGGGCUGGACCUUGGAGGACAAGGAGCUGCCAGACCCCCACGCCACCCAGGUACUGCUGUCUCGCAGCAGAGGCUGGAGUUUGGAGCAGGCUGGUGCCAGCAUAGCCCAAGCCAUGAAGAAGGCUAGCGCCCCUGGCUGGUUGCUCCAGAACGAGGCGGCUUUGUUCUGGCGGGCGAAGGGUAACGGUAGCAGCUCGCUGCAGUGUCUGCGCCACUCCCUGGCGUCGGCUCCGCCCACCCAGCGCAACCUGCCCCUCGUCAACGCUGCCAAUCUGCUUCUGCGCCACGGCCUCAGCGCCCACGCACACACUCUGCUGCAGGACGCCCUGGCACUCAACGCCUCUGAGCCCCACACUCUCCUGAGCCUGGUGAGCGUGAAUCUGGCCCAGGGCAACGUGACGGGCGCCCUGGACCUGUUCCGCCACACCCUGGCUCUCUCUGCCAGUUGUGCCCAGUGCCGUGCCAGCCUGCCCCUUCUGCGAUGCCUGCAGUUCUACCCCUUCCUAUACAACCUGCAGCGCUCGCCAUGUCCGCAGGGUGCUGUGUGUGUCGGGGAGGAGGAUGUGACUCUACAUCUAGAUGAAUGGGAGGCUGGCAGUAGACAGAAGCAGCAGGAGGACCCCACCACCACGGCUGCCCAGGCUCUGCCUGUCUCCACAGUGGAGGAAGCCCUCCUGUUUGAGAAGGUGGUGCUGGACAGUAACGGCUCUGGAGAGGCAGGCCAACAGCCUGGAGGAGGAGAGAGGGAUGAGGAGGAGUGGCAGCUGAAGGAGGAGCUGAUGGGGGCCUUCGAGGGGGCUCUGGACGUGGGGGGCGACCUGAGGCGGGGCGACCUGAGGGGCAUCCGCGUGCUGAAGAACGACCGGGUGAUGGGAGCGGGCCGGAGCGGAGGAGGGCCCUGCUUCGGGAACUGUGAGGAUGACGAGGGGGCUGAGUGGAUCACGUUCCAGGUGAAGCGUGUGAGGAAGCCCAAGGCGGACAGCCCUGAGGGCUGGGGCAGUGCUGAGGACACCCUGCAGGGGGAGACACUGCUCCCUGGAGGCCACUCUGUCCUGGAGAUCAGUGGCCCCACCAUCCCGUCCCCCGGGCCCUCAGGGCGAUGGAGGGACUAUACCAGUCUGGGCUGGCCGGGGCCAGAGGAGUGCCAGAGAACACGCAGGGUAGACCUCACCACCGUGGCCAGUACCUGGCUGGCCGUGUCUGCCAAGAACAUCGACAUCACGGAACACAUAGACUUUACCACUCCACUCCAGGAGCCUGCGGUGGAGCCAUUGUGCAACGCCAACCUGGCUGCCAGCAUGCACACCCUGGACCACCUGGCUGGCGUGGCCAACCGCGCCGCUAUCCACUACACCGGAGAGAGUCAACUCAGAGAGGUUCUACAGAAUCUGGGCAAAGAUAAGUUCUCCCCUCAGUCUUUUGAGCAGGUGGGCACGCGCAUCGCCAAGGUCUUGGAGAAGAACCAGACAUCGUGGGUCUUGUCCAGCAUGUCUGCUCUCUACUGGAGGGUGAAGGGUCAGGGCAAGAGGGCCAUCGACUGCCUACGCCAAGCCCUCCACUACGCCCCGCACCACAUGAAGGAUGUACCUCUGAUCAGCCUGGCCAACAUCUUCCAGAACGCACGGCUGUGGGAGGACGCCCUGACCGUGGCCCGCAUGGCUGUGGAGAUCGCCCCGCACUUCGUUGUCAACCACUUCACCCUCGCCAACGUCUACAUCAUGCUGGGGGAGUAUAACCACUCAGUGCUGUGCUAUGAGCAGGCUCUCCAGGCCCAGCCGGGCUUUGAGCAGGCCCUGAGGAGGAAGCACGCUGUCCUCUGUCAGCAGAAACUGGAGCAGCGCCUGGAGGCCCAACACAGGUCUCUGCAGCGCACGCUGAACGAGCUGAAGGAAUACCAGAAACAGCAUGACCACUACCUGCGUCAGCAGGAGGCCCUGGACAAAUACAAGCUGCUGCAGGAAGAGCAGAUCCUCCACAACAUCAUCCACGAGACCCAGAUGGCCAAGGAGGCACAGCUGGGCAACCACCAGAUGUGUCGUCUGGGCCAGCAACAGAGCAGCCUCUUCUGCCCCUUGGACCUGCCGGUGCGUUAUCACCGUGGAGACCUGUUUGAGCACGUCCACCACAUCCAGUUUGGAGAGGAGGUCUCUGUGGCGGGCAGCGUUGCUCUGGUGUCGGAGCCGAGCACCAACCACACCACCAGCUCACACCUCCACCCCUCUGUGUCCGGAGACCCUGAGCCUGCAGCCCUCUGGGGCCACCAGGCCUCCCCCAUCGAAGACAUUCAGAGGCUGCUGUGGCCUCAGAGGGCAGACUGUGCUGAUGAGUUUCCUGUCAUCCCCCCCGCCCACCUACUACCCACCUUCUACCUUCCACCUGAGACACAGGGCCCCAGCCUCCAGACUGUGCUGUACGGUACCGGACCCCCUCCCUCCUCCCUGGCUUCCCCAGACUGUGGCCCUGUGCUCCAGCCCCCUCCAGCUGACCUGCCUGCCUCUGUGGGCUGGACCUUGGAGGACAAGGAGCUGCCAGACCCCCACGCCACCCAGGUACUGCUGUCUCGCAGCAGAGGCUGGAGUUUGGAGCAGGCUGGUGCCAGCAUAGCCCAAGCCAUGAAGAAGGCUAGCGCCCCUGGCUGGUUGCUCCAGAACGAGGCGGCUUUGUUCUGGCGGGCGAAGGGUAACGGUAGCAGCUCGCUGCAGUGUCUGCGCCACUCCCUGGCGUCGGCUCCGCCCACCCAGCGCAACCUGCCCCUCGUCAACGCUGCCAAUCUGCUUCUGCGCCACGGCCUCAGCGCCCACGCACACACUCUGCUGCAGGACGCCCUGGCACUCAACGCCUCUGAGCCCCACACUCUCCUGAGCCUGGUGAGCGUGAAUCUGGCCCAGGGCAACGUGACGGGCGCCCUGGACCUGUUCCGCCACACCCUGGCUCUCUCUGCCAGUUGUGCCCAGUGCCGUGCCAGCCUGCCCCUUCUGCGAUGCCUGCAGUUCUACCCCUUCCUAUACAACCUGCAGCGCUCGCCAUGUCCGCAGGGUGCUGUGUGUGUCGGGGAGGAGGAUGUGACUCUACAUCUAGAUGAAUGGGAGGCUGGCAGUAGACAGAAGCAGCAGGAGGACCCCACCACCACGGCUGCCCAGGCUCUGCCUGUCUCCACAGUGGAGGAAGCCCUCCUGUUUGAGAAGGUGGUGCUGGACAGUAACGGCUCUGGAGAGGCAGGCCAACAGCCUGGAGGAGGAGAGAGGGAUGAGGAGGAGUGGCAGCUGAAGGAGGAGCUGAUGGGGGCCUUCGAGGGGGCUCUGGACGUGGGGGGCGACCUGAGGCGGGGCGACCUGAGGGGCAUCCGCGUGCUGAAGAACGACCGGGUGAUGGGAGCGGGCCGGAGCGGAGGAGGGCCCUGCUUCGGGAACUGUGAGGAUGACGAGGGGGCUGAGUGGAUCACGUUCCAGGUGAAGCGUGUGAGGAAGCCCAAGGCGGACAGCCCUGAGGGCUGGGGCAGUGCUGAGGACACCCUGCAGGGGGAGACACUGCUCCCUGGAGGCCACUCUGUCCUGGAGAUCAGUGGCCCCACCAUCCCGUCCCCCGGGCCCUCAGGGCGAUGGAGGGACUAUACCAGUCUGGGCUGGCCGGGGCCAGAGGAGUGCCAGAGAACACGCAGGGUAGACCUCACCACCGUGGCCAGUACCUGGCUGGCCGUGUCUGCCAAGAACAUCGACAUCACGGAACACAUAGACUUUACCACUCCACUCCAGGAGCCUGCGGUGGAGCCAUUGUGCAACGCCAACCUGGCGGCCAGCAUGCACACCCUGGACCACCUAGCUGGCGUGGCCAACCGCGCCGCUAUCCACUACACCGGAGAGAGUCAACUCAGAGAGGUUCUACAGAAUCUGGGCAAAGACAAGUUCUCCCCUCAGUCCUUUGAGCAGGUGGGCACGCGCAUCGCCAAGGUCUUGGAGAAGAACCAGACAUCGUGGGUCUUGUCCAGCAUGUCUGCUCUCUACUGGAGGGUGAAGGGUCAGGGCAAGAGGGCCAUCGACUGCCUACGCCAAGCCCUCCACUACGCCCCGCACCACAUGAAGGAUGUACCUCUGAUCAGCCUGGCCAACAUCUUCCAGAACGCACGGCUGUGGGAGGACGCCCUGACCGUGGCCCGCAUGGCUGUGGAGAUCGCCCCGCACUUCGUUGUCAACCACUUCACCCUCGCCAACGUCUACAUCGCCAUGGAGGAGUUUGAGAAGGCCAUGCGCUGGUAUGAGUCCACUCUGGAGCUGCAGCCAGAGUUUGCCCCUGCCAAGGACCGCCUGAGAACCAUCCAGUGUUACCUGCUAACCAAGAAGGACCGCCGUCUACCCUGAGACGACUCCACAGGAGAAGCCCUCGGAACACACACACCACACAUACAAAAACAUAACUUACAGUAGUUACUCACAGGAAAGAGGUUGUUGAUUUAAAACAAAUGUUUUUUAAGUCAUUGCCAUAUAAUUAUUGUUCAAAGGAAUUCAGGGGUUCCAUUCGCUGUGACCUCAGACUCUGGUCGUAGGGGGUAAAACAUUCACUAAAUGGCCCAUGUUACCUUCUGAAGAAGCCCUCCACCUGAAAAGUUCUCAAUUCUAUUAGGAAGCUUUGGGAUCUAUCCCAUCACUCAGCCUCCCUGUCCCAUAGACUACAGUAUAUAGAGCCCAGCAUAGAGUCCCAUCACUCAGCCUCCCUGUCCCAUAGACUACAGUAUAUAGAGCCCAGCUUAGGGUCCCAUCACUCAGCCUCCCUGUCCCAUAGACUACAGUAUAUAGAGUCUCAUCACUCAGCCUCCCUGUCCCAUAGACUACAGUAUAUAGAGUCUCAUCACUCAGCCUCCCUGUCCCAUAGACUACAGUAUAUAGAGUCCCAUCACUCAGCCUACCUGUCCCAUAGACUACAGUAUAUAGAGCCCAGCAUAGAGUCCCAUCACUCAGCCUCCCUGUCCCAUAGACUACAGUAUAUAGAGCCCAGCAUAGUCUCAUCACUCAGCAUCCCUGUCCCAUAGACUACAGUAUAUCGAGCCCAGCAUAGUCUCAUCACUCAGCCUCCCUGUCCCAUAGACUACAGUAUAUAGAGCCCAGCAUAGAGUCUCAUCACUCAGCCUCCCUGUCCCAUAGACUACAGUAUAUAGAGCCCAGCAUAGAGUCUCAUCACUCAGCCUCCCUGUCCCAUAGACUACAGUAUAUAGAGCCCAGCAUAGAGUCUCAUCACUCAGCCUCCCUGUCCCAUAGACUACAGUAUAUAGAGCCCAGCAUAGAGUCUCAUCACUCAGCCUCCCUGUCCCAUAGACUACAGUAUAUAGAGCCCAGCAUAGAGUCCCAUCACUCAGCCUCCCUGUCCCAUAGACUACAGUAUAUAGAGCCCAGCAUAGAGUCUCAUCACUCAGCCUCCCUGUCCCAUAGACUACAGUAUAUAGAGCCCAGCUUAGGGUCCCAUCACUCAGCCUCCCUGUCCCAUAGACUAGAGUAUAUAGAGCCCAGCAUAGAGUCUCAUCACUCAGCCUCCCUGUCCCAUAGACUACAGUAUAUAGAGUCCCAUCACUCAGCCUCCCUGUCCCAUAGACUACAGUAUAUAGAGCCCAGCAUAGAGUCUCAUCACUCAGCCUCCCUGUCCCAUAGACUACAGUAUAUAGAGCCCAGCAUAGAGUCUCAUCACUCAGCCUCCCUGUCCCAUAGACUACAGUAUAUAGAGCCCAGCAUAGAGUCCCAUCACUCAGCCUCCCUGUCCCAUAGACUACAGUAUAUAGAGUCCCAUCACUCAGCCUCCCUGUCCCAUAGACUACAGUAUAUAGAGUCCCAUCACUCAGCCUCCCUGUCCCAUAGACUACAGUAUAUAGAGCCCAGCUUAGGGUCCCAUCACUCAGCCUCCCUGUCCCAUAGACUACAGUAUAUAGAGCCCAGCAUAGAGUCUCAUCACUCAGCCUCCCUGUCCCAUAGACUACAGUAUAUAGAGUCCCAUCACUCAGCCUCCCUGUCCCAUAGACUACAGUAUAUAGAGCCCAGCAUAGAGUCCCAUCACUCAGCCUCCCUGUCCCAUAGACUACAGUAUAUAGAGCCCAGCAUAGAGUCCCAUCACUCAGCCUACCUGUCCCAUAGACUACAGUAUAUAGAGCCCAGCAUAGAGUCUCAUCACUCAGCCUCCCUGUCCCAUAGACUACAGUAUAUAGAGCCAGAAGGCUGCUGUUUUUUGUUCUGUCUCCAGUGGAGUUGGACUAGGAAGUGCAGACAGGACAUGGUUUUAUUUCAUGAAUUCAUACACAUCCUUCUCUCUGUCCUUCAUUUUGUUAGGAAUCAAUCAAGAAGAACAAUGCAGUAGUUGAUUUACAAGACUGAUAUAAUCCCAUAGAUGGUGCUGUUUUUUAAAUUUAUUUUAAUUGGAGGUUUUAAUUGGAAGAACAGUUGUCAUCACACAGUAAUUUCUUAUGAUUAAGAAAUAGUUUGGUAAAGAGACAAAUUGCUGCUGGUUUGUAGCUUGCUAACUAAACGCAGGUGUACCGGGUCGUGGAAUGACCCGUCUCAAAACCUUUUACAAUUAUGGCUGCUUAAAAAAAUUCAUAUAGAUUGUCUUGUUUUGCCCUUGUUUUUUUAUCAUUCCUAUUUAUGUGGGGACCUACAAUGAAUAAAUGAAAAUGUAUUUUUAUGAAAGGAACGUUAAUGCAUAGCAACAAAAAAAAGUUAACUGUAAUGUGUUGUUUACGUUUGCUCUUUUAUUUAUAGAAAUUAUUUGUCAGGGCCCAAAAAAAAACUUUUGACCAUUUUUCAAACUUUAAAUUGAACUGUUGUGUACAGUAUUAAGGCAGUGGGACAUAUAAGUUGAUCGGCUCAUCAUUUGAAUGUAUCCAUUGUCUUUUGACGAACUUCAGACCUCUGGGAAAUAAAAAGCAAGAUGUUU